GAACCGGAAGAAGCCGAAGACAAACAGGAAGUAGAUGAAGCAACAGUUAACAGACCCGUAACAGACCCAGACAGACCCGGUCCAGACCCGGUCCAGACCUCCUUAACGUCUCCUCUGUUCGUGGGUAAGAUGGCGGCUGUUUCUGAGGAUCACGGUUUCAGCAGCCUGGAUCCCUAAAACACCUCCAGUCCAAGAACCAUGUAGACGGACAGAACCGACGGAACCGACAGAACAGACAGACAUCCGGUCAGUAACUGGUCUGUAACUGGUCAGUAACCAGUACCAAAGGAUCAGGGUGGCGUCGUCCUGGUGGAGGAGCAGGCUGAUGGAGAGCGACUGUCGGAUCCCCGUGGCCUGUUGUCGGCCUCGAGUCCUCGUCCUCCACGCUCUAUUCUGGGGCCUCGUCUCCCUCAGGGUGUUUGGAGCGGCUCUGCUGAGUGAAGAUAAAACUCCAGUGAAACAGAUGGUCACCCCCUGCUGGCUGCUGGAGGAAUUCGUAGUGACGGCGGAGUGUUCUCAGUGUAACGCCUUCCAGUCUAGGUCGUGGUCGUCCUGCGGACUGACAGGAUACGUGGAGAGAGUCAACUGCACACGAUCCAACCGAGACGACUACAAGAGCUGUCGCUCUGCAGUGAUGGAGGAACAUCUGUUCUGGAAGUUCGAGGGGGCCGUGUUGGCUCUGACAGCCGUCUUCGCCGUCGUGGUCGUCAUCCGUCAGCGCUGGCUCGACCGCCUCGCCUCCGAGAAGGUCCGCCGCCAGAUCGAGUCCAUCUAGGACUCCAGGACCUGGACCGGGACUGGUUUUUAUCCUGAUCCGGACUCUGAGAUCCAUCAGGGAUCAGGACUAAAGCAAAAUCUGCAGAGAGUGGACUGUUUGUUGUCUUCAUAGAGACAAAACACGGAGCGAAAAACAACCAGCUGUUUGAACUUUGAUCAGAACGGAAUCGUAUUGAUUCAUCAUCAAUACUUCUGUUUUAGUUUAUUGAGAAACUCAAACUAAGCUGUUAAAAAAGAUUUAGGAAUAAUGAAUGAAUUAGAAGUCAUUUUUAAACAAAAACUAAAGAAGCAGAAUUCAGAGAGUCUAACUGGACCUGAACCAGUCUGAACUGAUUUAAAUUCUAUAUUUACGUUUGAAUUCUGAUGUAAAAAGUCUGAAUUUCAGUUCCUGAUUAAUAAUGUGGUGAAAGUUUCAGAUUUAUUAUGGAUUGAUUAUGGAUCGACAGUUCCAUGUCAGGUGGUUAAUUGGUCCUCACUUAUUGAUUAUUAAUAUUUCCUUCAUUAGCAGGACGUCGUGGGUCUUUGAACGCAGCACCAGCAGAGAGAAUUCACGCCUCGUUAUUGUAACCGUUUGUUUUUCUGUGAAGAUUCUGACAAAAUAAACUGAUGAAACUAAUUUAGAGUAUGAAUUUAAAAUAAACCUCUACAGUCUGACGUAGUACUUUAGUUAAAGUAUGAUGUUUUGAUUUCAGGUUUGAACGUUGAAGCUUAAACGUUAAAAGUUAAACUGCUUUAUCUUCACCAGUUAGAA